AUGGCAGCCGACACAGUCAUGCCGCUCGAGAAAGCGAGGCACAUCAAAUACUGGCAACGCUGCCACAAGACCUUCCUCCCGCACCAGUAUACGUCGUCCGACAGCACGCGCAUAGCUCUCAGCUUCUUCAUCCUCGCCGCCCUCGACAUACUCUCCCCCUCCGAGCCGACCAAGGAUGCCCCCCAUCUCCUCACACCCGCCGACCGAGCUGCCGCGCGCAAGUUCGUUCUGGGUCUCUACCACCCCGGCGGCGGCUUCUGCGGCUCUCCGAACCAUGCUCUGCCAAGCGACUUAUACGCCGGCUGGGACUUUGAAAAGGCAACGCCUAGAACGAGGAAUGCGAGCUCGGCGAAUCUGGCCUCGACAUACUUUGCAUUGUUGAUCUUGGCCAUUGUCGCGGACGGGCCAGAGGAAGCCAAGAGCGCCUUUGCGGGCGUGGAUCGCGUUGCGACGUUGCGGUGGUUGAGGCGGCUGCAGAGGACCGAUGGCAGCUUUGGCGAGCUCGUGCUGGACGACGGGGCCAUUGCUGGCGGGAGGGACAUGCGGCUAUGCUUUCUGGCCGCCACGAUACGGUGGGCUCUACGGGGCGAUGCCAAGGAGGGAGACGAGGACUGGGUGGAGGACAUUGACGUUGAUGGCCUCGUUCGGCACAUCCGCCAAGGACAGACCUAUGACGGUGGAGUCGCUGAGAGCUCCCAUGCAAACGAGUCUCAUGCUGAUAUGAGGUUUGAAGCUGGCUACGCAUGGUGCGCCGUCAGCGCGCUGGUCCUCCUCGAUCGACCCCCAGACCAGAGUGGAACUCCACACGACAGCCAGAUACUUCAGCAAGGCGUCCCUGAUGCGUCCCUGUUGGUCAAGUUCCUGGUGUACCGCCAGUUCGAAUACCUCGAGAAAGAAGACGACUCGGACGAUCCCGACCAUGCCAACUUUGCGCUGCCCGCGUCGUUGAGCGAGCUGACAUUGGAUCCAAACCUGCGCUUCGUUGGGUUCAAUGGAAGGUGUAACAAGGUCGCGGACACAUGCUAUUGCUGGUGGGUAGGAGGGACACUACAGAUGCUUGGUCACACCGAUCUCAUUGACGCCGAGCCGUCACGACGCUUCAUCACCAAAAAAACACAACAUCUCAUCGGUGGGUUCUCUAAGUAUCCUGGAGGCCCGCCAGACAUUUUCCACGGAUUCCUUGGACUAGCUGCACUCGCCAUCAUGGGAGACGCAGACCUAAAGCCAUUCGAUGCGUCCGUAUGCGCGACAGACGCGACUAUGCGUAAUAUCAUAUUUGCGAGAAACGGGCUCAUCGAGACUACCAAGGCCAUCAAGAAGACCUGA